ACCAACAUAGGAAAAAUUUAUAAAUCUAUGCAUGCAUUGGACACCGAUGGAAUGUAGUUCGUAGUUAAAAUGGAACAAUUCAGUGAAUGCGAUGGUAAAGCAAGGGUAUUUCACCCCCGUAAGCGUGUAAACAGAAAGACGAAGCUUCUGUUAGCCUUCGAUGAAAAUGCAAGGAGGGAGUUCCUUACUGGUUUCCACAAAAGAAAAUUACAGCGAAAGAAGAAGGCUCAAGAGGAACUAAAGCAACAGUUAAGGGAAGAGAGGAAACGAGUAAAACAGGAAGCCCGGGAGUCAUUUAAAAAACUCAUAGUGUCACAUCGCCCAGUCCCGGAAUUGGAGAAUCUUAUCUCUAAAAAUUAUGAGCUUGAAACCCAUUCUGUGAGCAUACAGGAGCUUUCAGUCUCUGACCUGGCAGAGAAUAACAACUGGAUAGGAAUCAAUAAGGUGCAAUAUGAAGAUGAAAAGAAUGAUGACGGGGUUGCAAAGGAAGAUCAACAGAAAGCUGAAUUACCAGGAAUGGAGUUGAAAACAAGAAAGGAUGUCAAGAAGAUAAUAAAAAAGCAGGCCACCAAACAAGUGCAGAAAAGUAAGGCUUUCAAACUGAAGAACAAGAUAGAAAGGCAAAAGAACAAGAAGGAAUCACUUAAAAAAAAGAAAAAAAGGAUUAAAACCCAGUCCAAUUCCAAAAAGGUUAGAAAACACGGAAAGAAAAGGAAGUGAUAUAUGACCGGCUACAUGUGUGGUGAUGUAAUUAUUUAUUUGCUUAAUAAAAUGGGAGUUUUCAAAGCUGAUAAUGUUGGAGACUAUUGCUUGCCCCUGGAAUGCAACUGACCAAAGGGACAGAGAUUUCUGUUGAGACAGGUACUGCAGAGUGGAUUCACAGGCUUGCAUAGCUGCUGACCAAAUCCAACCAUCAAGUUAUUUACCUCAUCCCACAAUUCUGUUGGAAGCCAUGCCUCCAGUGCAAUACGUGUUGCUUCUGGUGUCUUGGUAGCCUUUUUGACCCAACCCAAUCUGUUUGAAAUCCUGUGGACGUGUGUGUCCACUCCUAAAACCAAAACAAGAGAUAAAUUAAUAAGAAAACAGGUAUCUAUUGAUCUUACCUUUUAAGAAAUGAGUCUUGCUGAUCAAAUUUGUCUUGUAUGUAUGAUGUAUUAAAAUAAAGGCUGCAUAACCUUUUA